CAAAAUUGUUUUUUUAGGCCAAUGACUUAUUAGUGUAUACCUAAUUGCCUUGUACUAUAAUAAUAUAAUUUAUAUAAAUAUUUGCAAGUAGGUCAAAUUGUUAUUUUUGGCCUACAACUACAAUUAGUAUUUUAAAAGUUUAUUUUAAUAUAUUGAUAUUAGUAAAGCAGAUAUCGCUCACGAAUUAUUACAAUAUAAAUACUUUAUAUACUACUCGUAUUUAAAUAAUUCAUAAAAAAAAUUUCAAGCAGACCAACAUGAAGAUGCUGAAGUUUUUAUGUUUAGUGAUACUUUUUACACCAAUAUUUGCUUCAUUGCCUCUCAAGGAUUAUGGUCCAAAAUUGACUGAAGUAGUUAAACACCUACAUGAUGAAUGCUCAAUUUUAACUGGAGUAACUGAUACAGAUAUAGACAAUACAAGGAAUGGAAAUUUCGACGAAAAGAAUAUAUACAUUAUGUUUAUUCCCAGUGACGACGGUGUUCCAAGUCUUCAUGGUAAUAAAAAUUUAUUUUUGGAUAUAGAACCACCUAAGCUAAAAGGAAAAUUUGCCAAAAUGUUCAUGCGUUGUAUUGAUGAAGCCCGAGAAAGUGGUGAGAAGAAUUUUACUGUUUUGGCUUGGAAUGCAACCAAUUGUCUUCAUCGCACUGAUCCAGAGGAUUAUAAGGCAAAAACAAGACCCGACAUUUUAAAAUUUCGAAACAAAUGUUAUACUGCAUCAGGGGUUACAGAAAAAAUGAUAGACAAUGUUAGACGAGGAGUUUUCGGAAAAGCGAACAGAAUGAAGGAAUACCUUGCAUGUUUGUGGUUGGUAUCUGACGUGGAUUUCGGUGAAAAUCUUGCAAAAGAUUCUGUUAGAUGGCAUGAUAGCUGUAUUGUGCUUACUGAUGCAAAUCAAGAAAUGAUAGAUGCCAUAAUUAAAGGAGAUUUCACUGAAAAAUUAGAAAUUAAAAAAUACCUUGCUUGCCUCUGGUUAAUGUCAGGAUGUAUGGACAGCAAAUUUACUAUGGAUGACGAAAAAUUAAAAUAUUAUAUACCGAAAAACCUUCAGAAAGAAGUCGUAUCUUUCCUCAAAUGUGCUGAUGAAGCAAAUAAAAAAGGUUCAGAUUACUUGACCAAAAUUUGGGAACUGACUAAAUGUAAUUAUAACAGAGAUCCAGCGAAAUUCAUUAUGUUCUAAGAUUUACAAGAUUAUGGACGAACGUUGUGGCACAAAAUAUCAAAUAUGUUUAUCAUCAUAUAAAAAACGAAAUAAUUUUAAAUUGAAAAA